GUUGGAAGCCCAGCGAGCAGUGAAGGGAGAGCAAUCAGAUCACUCUCUGUCCGCGCUCGAGGAGAGAUGGAGUACCGCAAAAUCAAAGAUCAGAUAAAUGUAGGAGAAUCAGGCAGAUGAGGGGUGAAAGAUAGGAUGGAGAAAAACCCCUUUUUUUUGGAGUGGAGGGGGAAAUUGAGGGAGGCAUGUUGGAGACAUAACUAUGGAAAACUAUGAGGAUGUGUCUCAAAAUGAUAUAGAGAGUCUACAUGGGAAGCCUCUCUCUGGUGUUAUUUCUAAUAGCACACCUAGCUCUUUAGGUGGCUCAACCAAGUCUAGUUGGAAGCUAAAAUCAAUUGUUACACUUGCAUUAACAUUGUUGACAAGUUCACAGGCAAUCCUGAUUGUGUGGUCCAAAAGAGCUGGAAAGUAUGAAUACAGUGUGACAACAGCAAACUUUUCGGUGGAGGCUUUAAAAUGUGCAUUGUCGCUCGUAGCCCUUGCUAAAAUCUGGAGGAGUCAAGGUGUUACAGAAGACAAUAAGUUAAGUACAUCUUUUGAUGAAGUUAGUGUUUAUCCUAUUCCUGCAAUACUUUACCUCAUUAAAAACUUACUACAGUAUUACAUCUUUGCAUAUGUGGAUGCCCCUGCUUACCAAAUUUUGAAGAACCUAAACAUUAUCAGCACCGGUGUGUUAUACCGCAUCAUUCUUAAAAAGAAGUUAAGUGAAAUCCAGUGGGCAGCUUUUAUUCUUUUAUGUGCAGGGUGCACUACAGCUCAACUUAACCCUUCUUCUGAUCAUGUUCUUCAGACUCCUUUUCAAGGUUGGGUGAUGGCCAUUAUCAUGGCACUUCUAAGUGGCUUUGCUGGGGUAUACACAGAGGCUAUUAUUAAAAAACGCCCUUCAAGAAAUAUUAAUGUGCAGAACUUCUGGUUGUACAUCUUUGGAAUGAUUUUUAAUCUAAUCGCAAUUGUUGUUCAGGAUUAUGAUGAAGUCAUGAACAAAGGUUUCUUUCAUGGCUAUUCAUUUAUCACAGUUUGCAUGAUCCUCAAUCAUGCACUCAGUGGCAUUGCUGUAUCAAUGGUUAUGAAAUAUGCCGAUAACAUUGUGAAGGUCUAUUCAACUUCAGUAGCCAUGCUUCUGACAGCUGUAGUAUCAGUGUUUCUUUUUGGCUUCCAUCUUUCCCUUGCGUUCUUCCUUGGAUCUACGGUUGUUUCAGUCUCCAUAUAUCUACACUCUAUUGGAAAGCCACAACCGCAAAAAUGAGGUUUUUGCAUGGCAUAGGUUGAAGAGAACUCUUUCUACGGCAUCUUAGAUAUCCUUGUCUUGGUAGAACUGGGAUUUGUCUCAGAGGGCCACACAGAAUUGUGGAAGUUCUUGGUGCUAAUGGCAGUGUUGUCACACCCCUGUAAUCAAAUCUGGAUUUCACUUUGUAUCAGUUCUUAAUGCAUCAAAGUGAUUGGUAGACAAGCGGUCUGGAAGAAAGCCAGAAUUUAAGCCCUUGCAGUCUUGCGAGUGUACGCUGCAGAAAUGCUGGUUCUUGAUGUUUGUCAGCUGUUUCAUGGCACUUGGAACCACUGGCUUGGAAAUUUAAUUAAACAAAAGAAGACAAAUGCUUGAGUGGUAUUGAAUAUGGAUUCAUUAAGUGCUUUGUCAUUUACUUAAUUUUACCAUACUCAGAAUGUAAUGAUACAAGUGCAAAUGUAUAAUGUUUUCACCUAAUUUUAUCAUAUAGAAAUUGUUAUGAUUCUCUGAA